GAACAUAGUGGAAACGCCAUUAAAGCAUAAAUCCCUACUUUUGCAGGUUUCUCGUUGAUGUCUGAACCGCCUUGAAGACCCGACGCCUACGCCUGUGCUACCGCACUUUUCGGCAGACUAGAAUCCCUAAAAUUUGAUUAAUUUGAAGUGGAAACAGUAAGGAAAGGCAACAAUGUCUUCCCCAAGCAAGCGCAGGGAGAUGGAUUUGAUGAAACUGUAAUUGCAUCAGUGUUUUGGGGAUGAUGACUGAUUAUAAGGUGGACAUGAUCAAUGACGGCAUGCAGGAGUUUUAUGUUGAAUUCCAUGGACCGAAAGAAAGUCCGUAUCAAGAAGGUGUUUGGAAGGUAAGGGUUGAGCUUCCGGAUGCUUAUCCGUAUAAAUCUCCUUCCAUUGGAUUUGUCAACAAGAUUUAUCAUCCGAAUGUUGAUGAAAUGUCGGGAUCCGUGUGUUUAGAUGUUAUUAAUCAGACAUGGAGUCCGAUGUUUGAUCUGGUGAAUGUGUUCGAAGUUUUCCUUCCACAGCUGCUUUUGUACCCAAAUCCAUCAGAUCCUCUAAAUGGAGAGGCAGCAGCUUUGAUGAUGCGCGAUCGCAAUGCUUAUGAUAAAAAAGUUACAGAGCACUGCAAAAGAUAUGCGAAGCCGGAAGAUGCCGGGGUGGCGCCGGAGGAAAAUUCCAGCGACGAGGAGGUGAGUGAAGACGAAUAUGCGGCGUCGUCGAGCGACGAAGAGGUGGCGGGAAAGGCAGAUCCCUAAGUGAAAAAGGUAAAAAAAAAAAAAAAAAAAAAAAAAAAAAGAUCCUUUGCAACUGUGUGUGUAAAUCAUUCAGUUCCAUUUGGUUUACCAAGAAAAGGAUUUUAAAUUUUUAUUGUUAUUGCUGUUUUGUAAACUCAUGUUCGGAAAUGUGGAAUGGGAUUUUAAGAUAUUACCAAGUCUAUGAAUUUUACUCCCUUC